AAACAAAUAUCAAGAAAAAAAUUAAUUUUUAAACAUUCCCGCGAAAUAAGUAACCAUAGCAACGUACAUUCGAUAAAAUUACAAACACAACACAAGUAGGAAGAAUAGAGAGUAUUUCAUAACAUUAAUCUUUAUAAAGUUGUAAAAAUAGAUUUUAAAUAUAAUUUAUUUACGAAAGUGGAUAAAAAAUAAGUACAUAAAUGAGUAAAUCAGCGAAUUCUUUAGACAUUUAUUUUCAUAUGGCAAAUCAUUAUAGGAAAUUGAACAACACUAAAUCUCGAGUAAACUCUGGUUGUAAAAAGAAAACAACGAUAAUAGAUGAAACAGAAAUGAAACAGCAUAAAAAAGGGAACUUAAAAAUGGAAUCUCACGGAAAAGUUGUACAGCGAAACAGUCGUCCUAAAACAAGAAGAAAUUUAAGUGAUAUGCCUCCUCAAAUGAUUACCAAAUCACGAGCACAAUCAAGUAAAUCUAAAGGUCGUACAUCAAGUGUUGCACGAAAAUCAAGAGGAAAAUCUGUUAGAUCUGGAAGUCAAUCAUCAAGAAAUAGUAGUAAUAGUAGCAACCAUGCAGCAGGGGAUACUCGAAAUACAUCUGGAGAAAGAAGUACAACUCAUGGAGUUGAAUCGAUCAUAAAAGACAGUGUAAAUGAACAUGAAUACCUACAAUUUGCAUUAAGAAUAACUGAAGAUAUAAUUAAAAAUGAUCUCUAUAAUUGUGAGGAGAUGAAACGUGUUUUUAAUAGUCACAUUGAAGCAAAUCGAGGUCGCUUAGAAGUGAAUAAAAUGAGAGAUCAAGUGCGGAAUUUAGCCAAAGAAUUGAACGUUAAAUUUAACGAAUCAGAAAUUUACACCUUGGGUCCAUGGGAAUCGAAUAAAAAUUAUCCAAUUUGCAGUCAAACACCUGGUGCAAAAUGCGAAUUAAUUUAUGUAUCGAAAGAUAUGGGUGGUUUUGAUGAAUCUAAAUCGGCGCAUAGUAAUUACAACGAAAAUCAAUAUGUUAAAGUGGAUAACAUAAGUAAAAAAGAAAAUCAACCGAUACAAGAAAAAAAAAAUUGUGAAAAAUAUUGUAAAUCAAUGAAUACAUUACCAAAAAAUAAAGACAACUGCGAUGCAUGCACAAAUACGAAAGUUGUUGUUUUAAAAAAUACAUUAAUACGUGGUGAUACAAUCGAUCCUCAACCAACUGAAGAUCGUGAGGUGCAAGUAAAAAGUGAAAUUUUAAAAAUUAAAGAUACUAAAUCUGCAGCUUGUUGUCAAGCCCUUGAAAAAAUUUGGGUUGUUGAUGUUGCAACUUCUGUGUCUCAUCAUCAACCAGCUAUUAUACCAGAUAAAAACCGAUCUAAAGCGACAGUUAACAUAAAUGAAAAACAAGAAAGCGAUUCCUCCAUAUAUUCGGCUGAAAAAUUUAUGGAAAGUUUAGAAAACGAAUAUCCUGUUCGCCACGAAAUUCAAUCUCUUAUAAAAAAAGACAUUACUCCUGCGAUUCAAGCAACUUCAAACCAACCUCAAGAAAAUUCACAGAAAUAUCGUCUCAAUUUUGAUGAAGAACCCGAUUACAAACGCCUUAUGCAAAGCAAUGAAGAUAUGAUUUUUAAAGAUUCGUCACAUAAGUUACUAUCGAGCACGGUUCGUUACGUCUAUCAUGAUAAACCCCGUGAAAUUAAACAAGGAUAUUUAGUUACUACUGCUACACAUAGUACGUAUCCAACAACUACUGACAAUGAGUAUGAAAACAAAAUUGAAAGUGAACCGGUACAGCAACCAACAACUGUAAAACGCCACUGUACCUGUGGAUGUUGCCAAAAAAGUGAGCAACCACCUGGUAAAACAACGAUUUGGGAUGAAUUAGAUUGUAACGAUGUUUAUAAUUAUCCAGAAGAAAGUGAAAGAAAAGCAAUUAAGAAAAACGAUACGGAAACUGAACAAUGUUUUCCAACAAUUUCACCAAUUGCGCCAAAAAUAGUCAAAAUUGAACAAGAUUUAUUUGAAAACAUGGAGCCGGAAAAAGAAAAAAAGAAAUGCCUAUGCGGCAAAAGGAAUUGUGCUUUGUAUUGUAAAAGCGACGAUUACGCCAUUUAUCUACCAGAAAUGUUAGCAAAAUUCUUUCCGAGCGUCGGCACGCAAAUCACCCCAUCAGAUCUAUUAUUAAUUAACAGAGUUAAGUCCGACUCUGUGCACAGUGUAAAAGAAGUUAUUGAAGAAGAAGAGGAUAAAAUAGAACUCGUUAUACAAAGCUCUGUGAAUGUUUACAAUCCAGCUGUAGGUAAUAUUAUGCUAUCUGAAUUAUCUCCAACACAUUCAUUAUCAAAUAUGGAAAAAGUACAACCUAAAGAAUCGUCAAUCGAAAUUCUAAAAAUCGAUACACCAUCUCAAGAAAAAAAAGUGAAAGGUAAAGUUAGAACAUCGGUUUCUUCUGAUCCUGUCACCGAAUACCCGAUUCCACCAAGACAGGUGGAUUCUAGAAGCGAUAAUGGUUCGAUUCCUACAAUCGCACGAAGUGCAUCCGGAACAUUUGGAAAACAGGAAACAACACCGAAAGAGAAAUUACGAGAACAAUCGGCGACUUAUGACAAAAGAAAAUCAUCGUUUACGCCAGCAAAAUUAAAUCAGAUGGAUGAUGAAGAUGAGAUUCCGAUUAUUAUUCCGGAUCGGAAACAACAAGAAGCUUUUAAACAGGAGAAAAGUAAUCGUGAUAAAGAAUUCAAUCGCGACGAAAGUAAUAGUAGGUAUGAUGUCGAAUUGAAAAGUGAUGUAAAAUCGGUGAUGGAUGAAGAUGAUCUCGGAACGGACGUUGAGAAUUUUAUGAAUCAAUUGGAUUAUAAACCCCCAGUUACUAAAACUAGUAGUUUUGAUAAACAACUUAAAAAGACAAUACAUGACGGUGAAAUGUUCAGACAUCCUGAAAAUCGCAGGAUUGGUUUUGACUCAAAUUCCGGUAUCGAUUUGACUCGAACAUCGAUUUUGGAAGUGGACCAACCAAAACCGAUGAAUUAUGAAAAUACCAAAGAAGAAGAUGAAAGCGUAAUGAUGGAAGACAUGAAAGACAUUGAGAAGAAUGAAAAUUUUAGUGAUGGUGUAAAAAAAUUAUUGUGUGCAAAAUUAAAUAAUUUCUUAAAUUUUAAAAAUAUCCAUUUUGGCCUUUGAGAAACGUGUAUUUUCCAGACGCUAAAUAGAUAUACAAACAUACUAUUUGUAAUCUACUAGUAAAAAUGAUUUUAUGAAAGAAUAAACAAAAAUAAAGAAUGAAAA